CUUAAAGAAAGUGGUUAUUGUACAGGUCAUGAGCCAGAUUCCUUGGAAUUCAGCACUGUGGGAGGAUGGGUAUCUACUCGGGCAUCAGGCAUGAAGAAGAAUAUCUAUGGCAAUAUUGAGGAUCUGGUGGUUCAUAUAAAAAUGGUAACACCUAGAGGUAUAAUAGAAAAAAGCUGUCAAGGACCUCGUAUGUCAACAGGCCCUGAUAUCCAUCACUUCAUCAUGGGAUCUGAAGGAACUCUUGGUGUAAUAACAGAAGCUACAAUAAAAAUCAGACCAAUCCCUGAAUACCAAAAGUAUGGCUCCGUAGCUUUCCCUAAUUUUGAACAAGGAGUAGCCUGUUUAAGAGAAAUUGCAAAACAGAGAUGUGCUCCUGCAUCUAUUCGCCUCAUGGACAACCAGCAGUUUCAGUUUGGUCAUGCUCUUAAACCUCAGGUUUCCUCUAUUUUUACAUCAUUUUUGGAUGGAUUAAAAAAGUUUUAUAUUACAAAGUUUAAAGGAUUUGAUCCAAAUCAGCUAAGUGUAGCCACAUUGCUAUUUGAGGGGGACCGUGAGAAGGUUCUUCAGCAUGAAAAACAAGUGUAUGACAUUGCUGCAAAAUUUGGUGGGUUGGCAGCUGGAGAAGAUAAUGGACAGAGAGGUUAUUUGCUGACCUAUGUCAUUGCGUACAUUCGAGACUUAGGUUUGGAAUACUAUAUAUUAGGAGAAUCUUUUGAGACUUCUGCUCCUUGGGACAGGGUUGUAGAUCUCUGUAGAAAUGUAAAAGAAAGAAUAACAAGGGAGUGCAAAGAGAAGGGUGUUCAGUUUGCUCCUCUUUCUACAUGCCGGGUGACGCAGACUUACGAUGCAGGCGCAUGUAUCUACUUCUAUUUUGCCUUUAACUACAGGGGAAUUAGUGACCCACUGACCGUUUUUGAACAAACUGAGGCAGCUGCUAGAGAAGAAAUCCUCGCUAAUGGAGGGAGCCUGUCGCAUCACCAUGGAGUGGGCAAGUUACGGAAGCAAUGGCUAAAGGAAAGUAUCUCUGAUGUCGGCUUUGGGAUGCUGAAGUCUGUGAAGGAAUAUGUGGACCCCAAUAACAUCUUUGGAAACAGAAACCUUUUAUAAAUCUAUUAGUAUCAUUAUGAAAAAUGUCAAAUUUUUUUUUAAAGUCUUCAACUAUGAUUAUACCAGUAAUCAAAUAUAUCAUGGACUAUAUUUUGGCUACAUUCAUUUGUUGGUUUAAAAUGUUUGUGUUCAUUCUAUAGUUUGUUUGUUUCUACAUCUAUGGAUUGACAGAUGGUAUUACUAAAUCUCAUUGUAGGUGCAUCAGUUCACAGCCAACUGGUUGUCUUUUCAAAUUUUAGUCGGGCAGCACCAGGCUGCCAGUAUUUCAGAGGAAAAUGUCACCAGCUGUUCCAUUAAUGCUUCCUCUUGGGGAGCAAAGGCAGAUUUUGGUGUCAUCUAUUGCUUAUCUAGCCUCUUUUCAGAAGACCAUUUCUGGUAUGCAGGUACCUAGGGAAGGAUUCCAUCGAGGAGUGAUAUAUGUGUACAUUUUUAAGAGCAUAUUCUAGUGUGAGUAGGCCAUUAAGGGAGGAUAUUCAUGAAAGAAUAUAGGCAACCUGUUAUUUAGGAUACCUUCAGAUCUGUAAGGUGGGUGGCCUAUAUAUUUUUUUAAAUUAGUAUGCAGUUAUAAAACCUUGAAUCAUCAAUAUACGAAUUACUCUGUUAGGGGACACAUCUUUGUUCUCCAUGUUUGUUUCUACUGAGGUUUGAGUUGUAUUUCUAUCACUGAGAUAACCUGUUGUUAUAUCCUGGUUCAUUUAUAAUAUGUUUUGUAAGAAAAGCUGACCUGUCACUCAUUGUACAUGAAGAAAAGGUUUACUAUGAAAUGAACACCCUUAUUCAAGUUAGAGUCCUAAUGUUUUUAAUUUCACAUUCUUGUUGCUGAGAAGAAGCUGUGACAGGAGCAGAAGGAAGACUCCUUACGCUUAAUGUCUCCAGUUGAAAGAAUUAUCUGGCUAAAUUUAGAAACAGUCAUUCAGCUACUGAAUAUGAAGCCUCAAGUUUCAAUGGCGAAAAAAAAUUUUUUUUAAUUAACCCAAACAGCAUGAUAAAUUUUCAUACAAAAGAUUAUUUUUUAAUAAUGGUUUAAUGCCUUUUUUGAAUUACUGGUUUAACCUAAAUUUUACAAAAAGUAAUGUAUUAAUGCAUAUACCAUAAUCAAAAGCUUGAAAUAUCCUAUUUCUUAAAUAAUGAGAGCAUUAAUCGCAUUUAGCAAACAUUUUUACAUUCAAACCUGGAUAUUAAAAUAAGUGAAAUGAUUACUUUGAAUCACUCUCAAGGUUCAUGAUUCAUAUUUUGAGAUGGAUUUCUUUCUUAAUGCAAUACCUAACUUUUGAUAAUUUUUUAAAAUUAAUAUUUGAUCAGAUAAUGUAAGUCAAAAUGCAGAUGAUUCUUUAGAAGGACACACUAUCUAUGUAGCAACAGCUCCAAAGUAUUUCUGGGCAGUUUGAUACCUUUUAUAUCUGAAGUAGCCUUAACCAGAAAAGUGAAAAUUUGAAAUUGACAAAAUAUUUUUAAGAUUUCAAAAUGAUGAAUAAUUUUUAACUAUUAAAAUUGGCCACAAACUAAUAAACUUAAAUCUGUAAACAAGUCAAAAUUAACUGUUAAUUUAACAAUAAAAACUAAAUAUAUUUUUUAGAAGCUGCCUCUCUUUAUUUGUGAUUUAUUUCUAAGUAUAAAAUUUCCAGUAGAGCUUUGCUUAAAACCCUUGAUAUUUGAAAUAGUUGGACACUUGAUAAGGAAAUUGCCUCUAGAAUUAUAAAAAUCUCAGCUUUAUAAAAUGCAUCUAUUCAUGAAGGUAAUUUCUCUAACUGGUGAUCAAAAUGUAGAAUUUAGUAAGGUAUUAAUAUUUCACUGGAAGUGUAUACAUGUUUCUGAGUUUUGGGUUUUAUUUUUUUGUUUUUUGUUUUAAAAUAAAACAUUCAUAAGCAGAUCCA